AUGGCGAAGUCUAGGGAUCCUUCUCCGAUCACGACAGCCAUGCCGGUGACGGAUGCCAGCAUUGAGAACUACGCGGUGAAAACGAUGGGCUCUAUCGAGAGGAUGCUGCGCACAGAUCGCAGUCUGCUACAUGUGGAGCCGCCACUAUGGGAGGCGCUGCCUCACGAGCUAGCUUUUGACUCGUAUGGUGUUCCUUUGCCCAGUAAUAUUAAGGCACACUUUGCCCGUGAAGGACUACUUUUGGAGGAGGAUGCGCUGGAGCUUGUCACCCGCUGCGCAUCCAUUAUAAAGCGUGAGUCGACGCUGUUGCGGGUGCAGGGAUCUGCUGUGAUAUGUGGUGAUCUUCACGGCCAGUUCUUUGAUCUUUUGAAGUUGUUUGAGCUGGGAGGUGAGCCCGGGGAGCAGCAGUACAUUUUCCUUGGCGACUACGUGGACCGCGGCAGCUUCGGUGUUGAGAUUGUACUCCUCUUCAUGGCGUAUAAAAUCUGUCACCCCGGGCACUUUUUCCUCAUCCGCGGAAACCAUGAGUCAAGACACUUGACGUCAUAUUUUAACUUUAAACGAGAGGUUGAGUACAAAUAUUCACUUGAACUUUACGAAGAAAUCAUGUCGGCGUUUGAUUGUCUUCCCCUGGCGUGUCUGCUUAACAGCAGCUUUUUCUGCGUACACGGAGGGCUGUCACCGGAGAUCCGGCACUUGGAAGAUAUUGACCUCAUUCACCGCUUUCGGGAACCGCCGUCGUCAGGGCCAAUGUGUGAUCUUCUCUGGUCCGAUCCAAUUCCAGAGCACACGGAGGAGGCGACGCCAUCGGGCCCUCUGUUUAGCCCCAACAUAGUCCGUGGCUGUUCUUACUCCUACUCUCACGAGGCGGUCUGUCAGUUUCUUGAAGGAAAUGGUUUGUUAGGCUUGAUUCGAGGCCAUGAGGCCCAAACGGAGGGCUACCAUCUUUAUGCCAAUACUUCAAUGGGUGUGCCAGCUACCGUAUGCGUCUUUUCUGCGCCAAACUACUGUGAUACGUAUAAUAACCGUGCAGCGUUUAUUUAUUUAAAUGGGGAUGUUAUGAAAAUACGUCAAUACAACAGCAGUUCACAUCCAUACUAUCUUCCAAACUUUAUCAAUGCCUUCACCUGGUCCUUCCCCUUUAUGGUGACUAAGAUGUGUGAGCUUUGGAGCAAAAUUAUAGGUACCAGCAAUGAGAGUGACCCGCUGGUUCCAGUGUUGACAUUUGAGGAGCGCAUGACAAAAAUGCGGGAAAAAAUAGGCUAUAUGACCGAAGCAAUGCGUGAGUUCCGCCUUCUGGGUAAAGGAACCGAUGCAGAGAAGGAAGAAUUAACAGAAGCAAAAUAG